AUGCCCAUUGGUGAUUGGAAUGCUGGCCAAGGCCUUGCCAAAGUUUCUAGAAAGGGCUGGAGCAGCCAGGGAGGCCUCACAGAGGGUCCACUAAAAAGCAGUGCUUACACCCUGAGAAGCGGGAGAAAACCAGGGGCCCACUUCAGACACAGCCUGGCUGCCCCCUCUAGGAUUGCUGCCCACUUCCAGAUUGACAGGAAUGACACUGAUCUCCUUCCUCUCUCCCAGGUCACCCAUCUCAUCAAGCAGCCCCCUUUCUUUCCCUAUAGACCUGGAGACUACUUGUAUCUGGACAUCCCCACCAUCGCUCACUAUCAGUGGCACCCCUUCACCAUCAGCAGUGCUCCUGAGCAGAAAGACACAAUCUGGCUGCACAUCCGGUCCCAAGGCCAGCAGACAAACAGGCUGUAUGAGUCCCUCAAGGCAUCAGACCCACUGAGCUGUGGUUCCAAGAGGCUGUCAAGGAGCGUGAUGAUGAGAAAAAAGAGAUGUACAGGAAAUACCAUAGGCUUCUUCAGGCCUGUUCUGGGGUCUGCUGCUUUCACCUUCGAGAAGAACGGCAUUGACUUGGACAGGGCUGGCUCCGAGGUGUUUUUGGAGAACUGCCAAUUCUGUAACAUCAAGUGCUAUAUCGAUGGGCCUGACGGGACACCCCCACACCGGAUCUUCGCCUCUGAGCACGCCCUGCUCAUGGGGCAGGCAUCAGCUCACCCCUUUGCUUCCAUCCUGCAGAGUACCAUGUACAGAAAAGGAAAGCGUGUUUGCUCCAACUGCCAGCACUCCUGGAUAGAAGGUGUCCAAGACAACAUGAAGCUCCAUAAGGUGGACUUUAUCUGGAUCAGCAGAGACCAACGGUCUCUCGACUGGUUUGUGAGCUUGCUGACCAAACUGAAGAUGGACCAGGCCAAGGAGGCUCAAUGUGGCUGCUUCCUGGAGUUGCACAUGUACAUGACAUCUGCACUGGACAAGAAUGACAUGAAGGUCAUUGGCCUGCAGAUGGCCCUUGACCUCCUGGCCAAGAAGGAAAAGAAAGACUCCAUCACGGGGCUGCAGACGCGCACCCAGCCUGGGCGGCCUGACUGGCACAAGGUAAUGCCAGCUGUUGCUGCUGAGAAGAAGGGCAAGGUGCAGGUCUUCUUCUGCGGCUCUCCAGCUCAGGCCAAGGUGCUCACAGGCCAUUGCGAGAAGUUCGGCUUCAAAUUUUUCCAAGAGAAUUUCUAGCCUCACCUCUCCAAGCUCUGCCCCAAAUCCACACCAUGGGUCUGCUUCAUCGCAUUAGUAUAAGUGCCCCCACGGGGACCAGCUCAGACAACUCACCCAAUAAGACAAAGCCCAGGGAUUGUCUAAUCCUGCUCAACACGGAGAACAGGAGACCCCAAGGGGCAGAUGAAAUUCUUCUAGAACUCAGGGGAAGGGACAGUGCCUUGUUCAGUCUGCUGUGCAUUCCUGGGUUGCUGUGAAACUGAGGAAACCAGAGGCUGGUGGCUGGAGGCUGGAGCAUGGGGAUGGGGCUCAAGGGGGCAGAGGGCAGCCACUCCUCCAAAAGUUUUCCGAGGGAGGCUUCUCCUACAUCAUGGUCUCAGACCUGCCCAAUCAUCACAGUCAGUUGGAAGCGUGUUUCUCUGGCAUCUUGUCAAGUCGUUCAAACAAAGUGAGAAGAAUCAUACAGUGAACAGCG